UUCACAUAUACUAUAACCUAAAGCUCUCUUUAAGGCUCUAAUCAAACCCUAAAUAUAUAUAAAAAAAAAACAGUCAAUUUCUUUUUUAGAAUAAUUAAAGUGGGAUGGCAAAACUUGCAAUCCAAGUCUUGUUUUUCACCUUCUUCUUUGCAUUUCUCUUGCAUAUCCUUCCUACAAUGUCACAAGAAGUUGAAAAUGAGAGAGAAUUUGAUUACGAGAGAAAUGGCGAAAAGGGACCUGCUCAAUGGGGAAAGAUGCAUAAAGAAUGGAGUGUAUGUAGCAAUGGGACAAUGCAAUCUCCAGUCGAUUUGGUAGAUCAAAGAGUUGAAGUUGUCUCUCAUUUGGGGAGACUUAAUAGAAGAUAUAAGCCCUCUAAUGCUACUCUCAAGAAUAGAGGUCAUGAUAUUAUGCUGGAAUGGGAAAGUGGAGCGGGAACAAUAGAAAUAGAUGGAACAGAAUAUAUUCUUAAACAAUGUCAUUGGCAUUCUCUUUCUGAACACACCAUUGAUGGCAGGAGGUUUGCUCUAGAGCUGCAUAUGGUUCACCAAAGCCUUGAUGGAAAAGUUGCUGUUGUUGGGGUUAUGUACAUCAUUGGUAGACCAGACUCUUUCUUGUCAUCUCUAACAGAAGAUUUAAAAUCAAUUGGUGGAACUAAAGAAGAAGUAAGAGGUGUGGGAGUAGUUAAUCCAAAGGACAUAAAAAUUGGAAGUAGAAAGUAUUACAGAUAUAUUGGAUCUCUUACCAUUCCUCCUUGUACAGAGAAUGUGCUUUGGACUAUGAUAAAAAAGGUUAGAACCGUUAGUAGAGAACAAGUGAGGCUGCUUCGAGUGGCAGUUCAUGAUGAGUCUGAUACAAAUGCAAGACCAGUACAACAAAUGAAUGGACGCUGGAUGCAUCUUUAUAGACCAUAAGUAAAUAAUAAUGAUUAAAUAGUUAUUAUUGUUUGGUGAUUCGAUGAAUUAUUAUUUUAUUUAGGGAUCAUUAGCCAAACAAUUGAUGAGUUCGAUGGACUAGAGUUGAAACAAUCCGAAUAAAGAUCAUCAUAGAUAGAUGUUCUUGUUGUAUAUUGAAUAAAUAUUUCUCAAUUAUUUUGUCAGCAAUACACGGAAAUUUAUAUAUUUUAAAAUUUUAUGUUAUGUUUCGAAA